AUGAUAACUGCCCUGUGGGACAGAUACCCCCAGAUAACUACCCUGUGGGACAGGUAUCCCCAUGAUAACUGCCCUGUGGGACAGGUACCCCCAGAUAACUACCCUGUGAGACAGGUACCCCAUGAUAACUGCCCGGUGGGACAGGUAUCCCCAGAUAACUACCCUGUGGGACAGGUACACCAUGAUAACUACCCUGUUGGACAGGUAUCCCCAGAUAACUACCCUGUGGUACAGGUGCCCCAUGAUAACUACCCUGUGGGACAGGUACCCCAUGAUAACUACCCUGUAAGACAGGUACCCCAUGAUAACUGCCCUGUGGGACAGGUACCCCAUGAUAACUUCCCUGUUGGACAGGUACCUCCAGAUAACUACCCUGUGAGACAGGUACCCCGUGAUAACUGCCCUGUGGGACAGAUACCCCCAGAUAACUACCCUGUGGGACAGGUACCCCAUGAUAACUACCCUGUGGGACAGGUAUCCCCAGAUAACUACCCUGUGGGACAGGUACCCCAUGAUAACUGCCCUGUGGGACAGGUAUCCCCAGAUAACUACCCUGUGGGACAGGUAUCCUCAGAUAACUACCCUGUGGGACAGGUACCCCAUGAUAACUACCCUGUGGGACAGGUACCCCAAGAUAACUGCCCUGUGGGACAGGUACCCCAUGAUAACUGCCCUGUGGGACAGGUAACCCAAGAGAACUGCCCUGUGGGACAGGUACCCCAUGAUAACUGCCCUGUGAGACAGGUACUCCAAGAUAACUGCCCUGUAGGACAGUUACCCCCAGAUAACUACCCUGUGGGACAGGUACCCCAUGAUAACUACCCUGUGGGACAAAUACCCCCAGAUAACUACCCUGUGAGACAGGUACCCCAUGAUAACUACCCUGUGGGACAGGUACCCCAUGAUAACUGCCCUGUGGGACAGGUACCCCAUGAUAACUGCCCUGUGAGACAGGUACCCCAAGAUAACUGCCCUGUGGGACAGGUGCCCCAUGAUAACUACCCUGUGGGACAGGUACCCCAUGAUAACUGCCCUGUGGGACAGGUACCCCAGGAUAACUGCCCUGUGGGACAGGUACCCCAGGAUAACUGCCCUGUGGGACAGGUAUCCCCAGAUAACUACCCUGUGAGACAGGUACCCCAUGAUAACUGCCCUGUGGGACAGAUAUCCCCAGAUAACUACCCUGUGGGACAGGUAUCCCCAUGA